GAGCGUUUUCCGUUUGGGCUCCAGUACUCUGCAACGCCCUCCCGGUAACAGUUCGAGAUGCUACCUCAGUAGAAUCAUUUAAGUCUCACUUCAAAACUCCUCUGUAUACUUUAGCCUUUAAAUAGACCUCCUUUUUAGACCAGUUGAUCUGCCGCUUCUUUUCUUUCUCCUAUGUCCCCCCCUCCCUUGUGGAGGGGGUCCGGUCCGAUGACCAUGGAUGAAGUACUGGCUGUCCAGAGUCGAGACCCAGGAUGGACCGCUCGUCGGGACCCAGGAUGGACUGCUCGCCUGUAUCGGUUGGGGACAUCUCUACGCUGCUGAUCCGCCUCCGCUUGAGAUGGUUUCCUGUGGACGGGACUCUCGCUGCUGUCUUGGAUCCGCUUGAACUGAACUCUCGCGGCUGUGUUGGAGCCACUAUGGAUUGAACUUUCACAGUAUCAUGUUAAACCCGCUCGACAUCCAUUGCUUUCGGUCCCCUAGAGGAGGGGGCGGGGGUCCUCUCCAAGGUUUCUCAUAGUCAGCAUUGUCACUGGCGUCCCACUGGAUGUGAAUUCUCCCUGCCCACUGGGUGUGAGUUUUCCUUGCCCUUUUGUGGGUUCUUCCGAGGAUGUUGUAGUCGUAAUGAUUUGUGCAGUCCUUUGAGACAUUUGUGAUUUGGGGCUAUAUAAUUAAACAUUGAUUGAUUGAUUGAUAUGAAUAUAAAUGUAUGUAUGUGGGUAUGUACGUAUGCAGGUUUUUAUGUUCGUUAUGUAUGUAUGUGCUUAUGUAUGUACAGUAUGUAUGCAUGUGUGUAUGUUUGUAUGAAUGAGCGUACGUAUGUAUGUUUUUUUGUACAGUAUAUUUGUCACCCAGUCAAUGCAGGAAAGCCCCACCCAAAACUGCAGGCCUGAGGAACAAGGGACCACCGGCCCCACGCAGGCCGGCCAGCGAAAGAACCUCCAACACUGUGCUGCCAGGCAGGCCAGCGGUACACAUACACGUCUGGCCUAGGACAAGGCACGGGAGAAGCAGGAGACAACCAGCACCGCCACAUGCCACAGAGGGGCCCCCUGACAGACAUGACGGGGGAUGCGCAGGGAGUAGACCCUGAAGGUCCCCACCAAGCAGGGCACCCAGAUGCAUGGGACACUUGGGGGACACGCGAGUAUGUAAUUCUACCUACGUAGUGCGGAGAUGCAGGGUCACUUGAUCCUCGCUCCAAGCGGGAGCACUCACCUGCUCAGGUGUCCUUUGCACAGAACUACCGGCACAACACUCGUGUACGCAGACAGAACACGUGGAAGAAGGAGGAGAUCUUGUAACCAACACCGCUGUGAAUGAAACCCAGACGUCCUCAACAGAAUUUAGGACAGAAGCGUCUGAGCAACCGAACUCUUCCAAGGUGGAAUUGAUCUCUGUGACGGAGGAAGACCUCCCCACAAUAGAGACCCCAAACACAAUAAACGUCAGCCCCCUGGGGAGUCUAAAUGCUGACUCGUAUUCUGAGAACAACUUGAGCAAACCUGCAGAGUGCCAAACUUCAACUGCAUGUAGUCCAACCAUGCCGGUCACCAAAGUGCAGCCAUUUAUUUCUGAAGACGAUAUGGACAAAAGUUGGAAGCAAAAACUGCUGGCUCGUCGCAUGGAAUUGAUCAUAGCUGCGUGUAUCAUCCUGGUGGUCUGUCUUGCUCUCGGGAUCGGCCUUGGAGUGGGUCUGAGCUGCAUGGGGAAGUUUCAGUGCGGCUUUUCAUCUCAGUGCAUAAGAAGUUCAGCCCAGUGUGAUGGAAAGCUGGACUGUGACAAUGGCGAGGACGAGCUCGGCUGUGUGCGUGUCAGUGGGCGGAGUUCAGUCCUGCAAGUCCAGAGAGAAGGUGUGUGGAAGACAGUCUGCUCUGAGGACUGGAAUAAUUUGCUCGGAGUGUCUGCCUGCAAACAGCUGGGAUAUAACAGUUAUGUUGAGUCAUUCUUCAUCCCGCUGACUUCCAUCGAGCAGAACCUUCAGUACAAUCUGGUGUCCAUCAGCCUCAGCCAUAACCUUAGCCAAUCGCAGACUAUACAGCUGCAAAACGCUACAACUUUCAGUAAAACUCAAUGCACCUCAGGAAGAGUGACAACGCUGAAGUGUCUGGAAUGUGGCUUCAGACCAAAGUACACCAUGACUCGUAUUGUUGGAGGGAACAUAUCCAGGCCUGGUCAGUUCCCUUGGCAGGUUAGCCUCCAUUUCAACAGUGAACACCUCUGUGGUGGCUCCAUCGUAACUUCAUUCUGGAUUGUCACAGCAGCACACUGUUUAUUUGGGUUUACAAACCAGUCCAUGUGGAGGGUCCAUGUGGGACAGACUGAGCAGCCAGUCCACGGUGCCCAAUCUCUUGCAGUGGAGAAGAUGAUCUUCCAUGCCCGUUAUCGCCCCAAAGGCCUGGAUUACGAUAUCGCACUCAUGAAACUGAGCAAGCCUCUUGAUUUUGAUGGAUUUGUGGAGCCCAUCUGCCUGCCUAACUAUGGGGAGGAGUUUGAGCAGGGGACCGAGUGCUGGAUCUCUGGAUGGGGGGCAACCGAGGACGAAGGAGAGACAAGUGUGUUUUUACGUUCGGCCAUGGUGCCCAUCCUCUCCACAAAGACCUGCAAUCAGCCAGAGGUUUACCAGGGCCUCAUCUCACCAUGGAUGGUCUGUGCAGGAUACCUGGAAGGAGGAACUGACUCCUGUCAGGGGGACAGCGGGGGUCCUCUGGCUUGUGAAGACUCAUCUCUGUGGAAGCUGGUUGGGGCAACGAGUUGGGGCAUCGGCUGCGCUGUGAGGAACAAGCCCGGUGUUUACACCAGGAUCACACGCUCACUCAGCUGGAUCAGGCAGCACAUGGAAGUCAGUCCAUAACCAGCCCCUUAUUGGUUGUAUGCAACACACUGCCAAUAAGGUCUACAUGUCUGGCAACACAAGCGGGGUACCAAGAUAAGGGUGUCUUAUGAGCACGAGUCCUGCCAGAAACUGGGGAGCUGCGGUUCAUUGAGGGGAAACAUGAACUCCAACAUGUACAUUCUGAUAACCUCCCUUGGAACGCUUGACUGGUUUCCGACAUAAUGGAGAUACAAUACAUGAUGGAAUACAGUACAACCAUGUCUCUUCCAGACCUGAGACCACUUGUGCAUCCUCAAGCAGAGAGUGGAAGACACCCAACUGUGUCAUUGUGAAAGAGGUUGCCAAUGACAAAUGAUGCAGCGCUGCUCUAUUCCAUGUCCAAGAGGAUGAAGGCAGUGCGAGGUAACAAAUAUAUUCACACCUUUUGGACAAGAAGUGUACUCACUUGUGUUGCACAUAUUAAACAUGAAUGUAUAUUUAAGGUGGGCAAAUAGAUCCAAACAUCGAUAGUAUUGAUACCAAGAAUAGUAUGCAUAUCAAAUCAAUCAGGUUUUCGUUUACAUUCAUUUUCACAUAUUGUGUUUUUGUGUCCAUAUUGUUACAUUGAUUACAUUACAGUCAUAUAUUUUUAUAUUUUUUACAAAGCCAGGAAGGAAGUUGCGACAACUGCAUUUAAAACACUUCCUUGUGGUAUACAUCAGUUUUUUUCAGCCACUAGUGUGCCGUGAGAUACAGUCUGGUGUGAUGUGGGAAAUUAUGCAAACCAGUAAUUACAGUCUGCAAAUGAUGUGUUGUUGUUGAAUGUCGGUGCUGUAUAGAGCUCGGCAGAGUAACCGUGUAAUACCAUACCAUAUUAAUAGGUGGCCGCCAGUUAGCUAAUUGCUUUGUAGAUGUCGGGAACAUGGUUUGUCGUGAUCACAAUAUGCAGACGACAGCGGGAGGCAGUGUGCAGGUAAAAAGGUAUCUAAUGCUUAAACCAAAAAUUAAAAAAAAGUGAAUGUUCCUAAGAAAAGGCAUUGAAGCUUAGGGAUGGCUAUGCAGAACGAAAAUAAAACUGAACUGGCGACAAAGUAAACAAAAACCGAAUGCUGGACGACAGCAAAAACUUGCAGCGUAUGGCGCAGAAACGGAGUCCACAAAGUACAUCUGUACAUGACAUGACAACUUAAAUAUUCUUGAUUGCUAAAACAAAGCAGGUGCGUGGAAUAACGCCCAAAGGAAGAAAUUAAACUGCAACAGGAAAAUACCAUCAAAACAAGAAAAGCUACCAAAAUAGGAGCGCAAGACAAGAAAACAGCAAAAAACUCCAAAUAAGCCAGGGCAUGAUGUGACAGGGUGGUGACAGUACACCUACUUUGAGACAAGAGCUAUAGUGAUGCAUGCUUGGUCAUGGUUUCAAUUAAUAUCUAACAAUUGCAACAACAACUUUGUAUUGUUUACUGAGUUUCAUUAUUUAAUAUCUGCUGGUGGUGUGCCUCUGGAUUCUUUCAAUGAAAAAAAUGUGCCUUGCCUCAAUGUUGAAAAACACUGGUCUACAUAACAUUUAAUAGUUUUGCUUUGGUUUAAGAUUUUGCAUAGAUUGUUUUACAGACUAUCUUCAAGUUUUUCGGACCGUCUGUUCAGGAUGCGCAGUUUUGCGGGAGGCCUUAUGUUCACGCCCAAGUCCUCUUUCAGGCCAAGCCAUCAUCCAUGUUGUAGUUUUUGGCGCUUCCAUUUGGAGUCUACUGACAGAUAUAGUUUGAACUACAGUGGGGCAAAAAAGUAUUUAGUCAGCCACCGAUUCUGCAAGUUCUCCCACUUAAAAUGAUGACAGAGGUCUGUAAUUUUUAUCAUAGGUACACUUCAACUGUGAGAGACAGAAUGAGGAAAAAAAAUCAAGGAAUUCACAUUGUAGGAAUUUUAAAGAAUUUAUUUGUAAAUUAUGGUGGAAAAUAAGUAUUUGGUCAACCAUUCAAAGCUCUCACUGAUGGAAGGAGGUUUUGUCUCAAAAUCUCACGAUACGAUUCAUUCUUUCCUUAACACGGAUCAAUCGUCAUGUCCCCUUAGCAGAAAAACAGCCCCAAAGCAUGAUGUUUCCACCCCAUGCUUCACAGUAGUUAUGGUGUUCUUGGGAUGCAACUCAGUAUUCUUCUUCCUCCAAACACGACAAGUUGAGUUUAUACCAAAAUGGAUACAUGGAUGAUACAGCAGAGGAUUGGGAGAAUGUCAUGUGAUCAGAUGAAACCAAAAUAGAACUUUUUGGUAUAAACUCAACUCGUCGUGUUUGGAA